AUGGAGUAUAUUCGUCGGAAAUUUGGAUGGGUUCCCAUUUCGCGUGUCCUCCAGAGACCCUCUGGACUAUACUGGAGUCCUAGGAUCUUCCAACCACAGUUACGCCGCCCCAGUUCUACCGUUCCUCCCGCGGCACGCCAGUCGCCCGCGAUAGUCCUCCGGGGUUACCAAGAAGAAUGUAUCAAGUCGGUGCUUGACCACCUGGAUCAGGGCCAUAAGCGCCUCGGAGUCUCAUUGGCGACGGGGGCUGGCAAAACGGUAAUCUUCACGCAGUUGAUCGGCCGUAUACCCCCGCGAAAUGAAACGGACAACAAAACGUUGAUUAUCGUCCAUCGACGAGAGCUUGUCGAACAGGCCGCCCGGCAUUGCCGACUUGCCUACCCCGAUCGAACCGUCGAUAUUGAAAUGGGCACCAGUAAAGCUUCUCCAGCCGCAGACAUCGUCAUCGCAUCGGUGCGGAGCUUGACAACUGGCGACCGCAUAACCAAGUUCGAUCCAAAGCAAUUCAAGCUGGUCCUAGUGGAUGAGGCUCACCAUAUAGUUGCGCCGUCAUACCGAGAAGUGCUCGAAUAUUUUGAAUUGAAGGAGGCAUCGCGCGACUCGCCGGUGUUGGUCGGCGUGUCGGCAACGCUAUCGCGCGCGGAUGGAUUGAAGCUAGGCGCAGCCAUUGACCAUAUCGUCUACCAUAAGGACUACAUGGACAUGAUUGAUGAGGAAUGGCUAGCCAAUGCUGUAUUCACUACUGUGCAAUCGGAAGCGAACCUCUCUCGUGUGAAGAAAGAUAAAUUCGGUGACUUUGCCAUCGGUUCACUUUCCAAGGCAGUGAAUACAGAUCGAACCAACGACAUAACCGUGCGGGCGUGGCUAGCUAAUGCGCAGGAGUGCAAGUCGACAUUGGGGUUCUGCGUUGAUAUCGAGCAUACCAAACAGCUUACUGAGGCGUUUCGUGCGGCCGGCAUCGAUGCUCGGUAUCUCACGGGCAAGACACCUAAGGUUGUACGCGACGACCAGCUCCACCGCUUCAGAAACCAGGAAUAUCCGGUUCUCCUAAACUGCGGCCUCUUCACGGAAGGCACCGACAUCCCUAACAUCGACUGUGUAUUACUCGCGCGGCCGACUCGAUCCCGCAACCUUCUCAUUCAAAUGGUCGGCCGAGGACUACGUUUACAUCCGGGCAAAAAAGACUGCCACAUCAUCGACAUGGUCGCUACCCUGGGAACCGGCGUUCUCUCAACGCCAACCCUAUUCGGCCUACACCCAGACGAAAUCCUAGACAAAGCCAACGGGAAAGAGCUGAAAAAGAAAAAGUACGAACCCCAAUACACAGACCUAGACCCUGACCAAUCCCAAGACCCAGAUACAUUCGACGACGUCAACCUCACCUUCACCAAGUACGACACAAUCUACGACCUCAUUCUCGACAUGAAAUCCGAAAAACACAUCCGUUCCCUGAGCCACUACGCCUGGGUCCGCACCGGAGAAAACAAAUACCUCCUCUCCGAGGCAACAGGCUGGAUCACAAUCGAGAAAUCUCCCGAUCCUGGUCUCACGUCCCAACAUUCGCCAGCUAACACCCAAUCACCCGCAUGGAACGUCCACCACGUCAAAAAAUUCACAUCCCCCAUAGGAACAACUCAGUAUACCCGUGCCCGUCUAAUUGCGACAGGGCCUGACCUCGAAUCAGCCGUCCAUGCAGCCGAUACCUUCGCUGCAUCGGAAUUCGAAGAGCGGUAUAUCUCCGCUUUGCAGCCCUGGCGGCGCCGUCCCGCCACUUCAGCGCAGUUGACCUUCCUAAACAAAGCCAAGUUGCGGAAGGAGACGCUCCGGCCAGAGAAUCUGACGAGGGGCCAGGCAACGGAUCUAAUAACAAAGUUGAAGUUCGGGGGCAAAAAGAGGUUCGAGAAGCGGGUUGAACGAAGAAAGAAGGAAGAGGAGAGGGUUAGGGAGCUUGAAGAGUUACGCGCAAGGGAGAAAGUGCAAGUUGGGCCUGUUUUGAUGUGA